AUGUAUGCGAAGGAUACUGCUCCAUUCGUGCCAACCGAGAUCAUUGGAAACAUGACCAAGUUCACCGAGCUAUCGCCAUAUCGACAAGAAGAUGCGCAGGAGUUCUUGCAAGCUGUCAUCAACCACCUCGAUCAUACGACCAGCUCAGCGAUCGACAGCUCGCUCGUCGAACAGGUCUUCCAAGGAAGCGAGCGAUAUCGAAGGGAAUGUGCUGCGUGCGGUCAACGCGAGGACAGAUUCCAACCGUUCAGAACUCUGCGAUUGAACUUGAAGGAAACCGUUGAGGCCGCGCUCAAAGAGCUGACUUCGAAGCAGGCGGUUGAGGAUGCAUCGUGUGAUGGAUGCAACAGGAGAGGCCACCGGAGCGAGACCAACACCAUUCACGACGCGCCGCGUAUUCUCGCGCUUCAGCUCAAGCGCUUCACCCAUGUUUUGACCAAGCUCUCCGGUUCGUGCGGCUACACGGAAAUUUUGGACAUCGAGCCCUACAUGAGCACUUCCAACACCGACCCGACCGCCUCGACCCAGCACAACGACCGCCCGAGCACCCUCUACCGCCUGUAUGCCGUCGUCUGUCACAUUGGCCCGGCGAUCCACCAGGGACACUACCUUGCGUGGGUCAAGACGGGCGAGGGCAAGUGGGCGAUAAUGAACGACUCCUCUGUUAUAGUGACGGACACGCUGUCGGCGUCCGAAGAGGACGGAUAUCUGUUCUUCUACGAACGGGUCGAUGGAGCGGAGGCGGAGGCACUGAGAGCGGACAUGCAGGUGCCGCAAGAAGCUGCUAAUCUGAGGCGUCGUGCGCGUCAGACGCUUGCGAAUGUCCGAGGUCCGCUUGCUGCCACUGAGGAGGGGUGGACGACGGUCCAGGUUCGGAAGCAGAGGGCCAAGCAGGAACAGCCGAAGGCGGACAAGGGCUCGCAGGAGAAGAGAGAGAAGCACGCAUCGAGUGGGAAAGGUAAAGGCGAGCGCAAGGGGAAGAAGCAGACUAGGACGACGCGAUGA